GGAGGAGAGCGAGGCGCGGCGCGGCGAGCCGCAGGGCCCCGCGGCUGGGGCGCAUGGCUUAGGGGGGCGCCCCCGCCCGCCGCGCCUCCAGCAUGGGGAAACUUCACUCCAAGCCGGCCGCCGUGUACAAGCGCAGGGAGAGCCCGGAAGGUGAUAGCUUCGCGGUGAGCGCCGCCUGGGCGCGGAAAGGCAUCGAGGAGUGGAUCGGGAGGCAGCGCUGCCCCGGCGGCGGCUCGGGACCCCGGCAGCUGCGCUCGGCUGGCACCGUUGGCAGAGGAACCCGGGAGCUCUUGGGCGAAGUUUUCAGAGAAACACUCAGUGAGGAAGAAGAGGAAGACUUCCGGCUAGAAGUGGCCCUGCCUCCCGAGAAGACAGACGGGCUGACCGGUGGAGAUGAGAAGAAGAUGGACAAGGCGAGCGACUCUUGCCCCGGCUCCAAGAAGCAGCUGAAGUUCGAGGAGCUGCAGUGUGAUGUGUCCGUGGAGGAGGACAGCCGGCAGGAGUGGACCUUCACCCUGUAUGACUUCGACAACAACGGCAAGGUCACCCGCGAGGACAUCACCAGCCUGCUGCACACCAUCUAUGAGGUGGUCGACUCGUCUGUCAACCACUCCCCGACUUCCAGCAAGACUCUGCGGGUGAAGCUCACUGUGGCCCCUGAUGGCAGCCAGGGCAAGAAAGGGCUCCUCCUCCAUCACCCCGACCUGCAGAGCCCGAGGCCCCGAGCAGACACCAAGCCCGCUGAGGAGCUGCGAAGCUGGGAGAAGAAGCAGCGAGCCCCCCUCAGGUUCCAAGGGGACAGCCGUCUGGAGCAGUCUGGCUGCUACCACCACUGCGUGGAUGAGAACAUCGAGAGGAGAAACCACUACUUAGAUCUCGCUGGGAUAGAGAACUACACGUCCCAGUUUGGGCCUGGCUCCCCGCCCGUGGCCCCGAAGACAGACCUGCCGCCCCGCACCGCCAACCCCACUCGAGCUCGCUCCCACGAGCCAGAAGCCGUCCACGUCCCGCCGCGGAAGCCCCCGGGCACCGAGCCCGCAUCCUUCCACUUCCUUGACACCCCAUUCGCCAAGGUCUCCGAGGUCCAGCAGCGGCUCCGGGGCACCCAGGACGGGAGCAAGCACUUUGUGAGGUCCCCCAAGGCCCAGGGCAAGAGUGUGGGUGUGGGCCACGUGACCAGAGGGGCCCGAAGCAAGCCCCCUCUGGGACCCGCCAUCCCCGCAGUGCCCCCGUCGGCCCCCCUGGCCGCCAGCCCGGCCCUCCUCCCCACGCUGGCACCCCUUGGGCACAAGAAGCACAAGCACCGAGCCAAGGAGAGCCAACAGGGGUGCCGGGGCGUGCAGGCGCCGCUGGCGGGGGGCAGCACCGUCGUGGGGCGGGACCACAGGCGGGAGCUGCCAGCCGUGGUGGUGUACGAGAGCCAGGCCGGCCAGGCGGUGCAGAGACACGAGCAUCACCACCACCACGAGCACCACCACCAUUACCAUCACUUCUACCAGACCUAGAGUCCCGCCCCAGAGCCCCGCCAUAUGAAGGACCCCCGCCCCACCCCCGCGCCCCAAGGCAUUAUUAUUCUAUUAAUUAUUGUUAUUAUGACGAUUAUUGUUAUUAAUAAUUAUUGUUACUCCACUAAUAUUCAGCUAGCCUCCAUGUAGAAGAUCUAUGGAAACACAGAACUAAACUUUUAUUUAUAUGUUGUGGGAACUGCGUAACUUACCCAAGAAAUGACUCUGGGUUUGGAAGUGGCCUGUAGACAUCAGAGACUCCUGCGGGCUCUGGUUCUGGACUCUGGUUCUGUUGGGGGGUCCACGCAGGGCCCGUUCGUACCCUUUCCAGCCCUGAGGGAGCCCUCUGCCGGAACUCCGCCCUGCCCCGUCUCUUCCAGGAGAACAUCCUUUCCUGAUCAGGCAUCCAGAAACCCUCGAAAUCUCCGAGAAGAUAAACAGCUGCUACCUCUUAGUAUUAUUCUGAUUUUAUUUUGCCCUUAACUGACUGUGAUGUGCUACAAGGGAUCUUAGCAGACUGCAGAUGCUCGGCCACCGCGGCUGGUGUGUUUAUGUCCCCACCUAGAAACCUUCCCCAUCCUCUCUGGGGUUACCUGUCCUGCCUUUCAGUGGGGGCCACGUCCUUGCCUCACACUUCCCCUCCCUUCUUCCGGAA